AUACAGCACCCGACGCGCGCGUGUUGACGGUGUCAUUUAAUUUGGCAAUCGGCUUUAAUCUAAGCAUUAAUUAUUCUGCACGCCUUCUCUCUGGGGAAGGGCAAUCGCAUACUACAGUAUCUACAGUCUAUUAUGCGGGGCUUUUGAAAUGCCUCACGGUGUGCCAAUCUGUUUGCUCAUAUCCUAGAUAUGGCUUUAUAAUGGUUUACAUCACACGUGUGGGCUGGGAGCAGGAGGGGACGCACAAGUUGAACAAACACCUGCAUUUGGUAUUUCAUACACAAAGCACGUCAUCAUUACACAGUGCGCAGCAGACAGGUGAGGUGUGAGGAGAACUGGUCUAUCUAUUAAUCAAAGUGACUCGGCCUCCACAUUAUCAAACCACCUCAGCUGAUCUUAUGAAUGGAGGACUUUAAAAUCUGUCCAGUGACUAACUACUACAAAAGGAUCCUUCUGCCAGUGUCCUACAGCAUUGUGUUCCUGCUGGGCCUGAGUUUAAACGGCGCCCUGCUGUGGUGCGUGUGCUGUCGGCUGCGCCAUUGGAGCAGCACGGUCAUCUACUCGACCAACCUCGCCGUGGCGGAUCUCCUGUACGUGCUGGCCUUGCCCCCUCUCAUCAUCAGCAAUGCCAUGGGCAGCAUGUGGCCCUUCGGGAACGUCAUCUGCAAAAGCGUCAGGUUCUUCUUUUUUGUCAACCUGCACUGCAGCAUGAUGUUUCUGACGUGCGUCAGCGUGCACCGCUUCCUCGGAGUGUGCUUCCCCAUCGCUGCUGUGCGCCUCAGGACCAAAAAAGUCGCCCUCUUCGCGUCAGGCUCGGUUUGGAUCCUUGCCACUGCAGAGAUUUUACCCACAUUGGUCUUUGCGCACACAGGUGUGAUCAACAACAUGACUGUGUGUUUUGAGAUGACCAACCCGGGGCGGUUUAAAGUUUACUUCCCCUACGGAAUGUUUUUGGCCAUAGUGGGCUUUCUGAUCCCAUUCCUCGUCGUUAUCACCUGUUACUGCUCCAUGAUGACGGUGCUUUACUGCAGGGCCCCGGACAGCAUCUCCAACGCGAGGACAGCUCGGAUGCGCAACAAGUCUAUUUACACACUCCUGGUUGUGUGUCUCAUGUUUGUGGUGUGUUUUGUGCCUUAUCACAUCGCCCGGACCGUCUACUUGUUUGUGAGGGUCUACAUGCCCGAAGACUGUCACCUGCUGAACGUGGUCAUGAUCUCCUUCAAGGUGUGGAAGCCUGUGGUCAGUUUCAACUGCUGCGCAAAUCCCCUCUUCUACUUUUUAAGCUGUAAUCGGCACCGUCAGAGGCUCCGGGCCUGGCUGUGGAGGCGGAGGAAGAGGGUGCAGCCCGGUGUGAGUGUGGUGGAUGUAGGCAGCGCACACAGGUCCGCAGGGCAGAGAGCAUCCAUCAGAGGUCUCAUUAAGUGA